CGCCUUUUCCUUUUCCAAUCAGAAAUCCUGGCCUUACUAGCUCCCGUCGCUGCCUGGGCCCAAAGUGUCAUCAUUCGAUUCAUCUCUCUGUCGUUUGGAAGGCGCGCCGCAGCUGCACAGCUUUAGCCUCAUGCAGCGAUGCCCAGCUGUGCAAACUGGAUGCAACCUCGAUCCUAUAAGAGGAAAUGACGCGUGGGCGUUUCUUACUAUCGUGCCCACGCAGCCACGCUAGCUUUGCUUACACGCGCUUUCCGAAACUGGAGGGUCCGGCCCUGUAUUCUUGCCCUCCGAGUCUCCUGUGAACAAGUCCUCACCAAUCGAACAAAGCCAACCGAGCAGCAAGAUGGCAUCGCAGAAUGCGCGUCCCCGGCUCAACUGGAUACGGCCUGGCAAAGAGGAGGUUUCCGUGGUAGGCAGCUAUGUCGCCGAACAAGCACCCAAAAUCCACAUCGGAUUCGGGGGUUCCUCUGAGCUUAAGGUGGAGCAAGUCAAGUUUGUCGUCCCAAACUCCGAGCCAUAUAUACAGCUGGAACAUGCAUUGAGGGACUACAUCACGGAACUUCUGGGUACCCAAACCACUACCUUUGACCAUGAUCUCUGCGAUAGGAUUGCCGCCAUGGAAAAGGCUUACGGUAAAUCCAAGGAAGGCUUCUGGUACCGUCUAUGGUACGGCAUUGGUAACGCCAAAGACAUUGCUGAGGCAUGGCUGGACUUGAUACCCAACGAGUACGGCGUGUCUGUGAUCAAGGCUGGAAUGGCCGUCGUAUUCAAGCUCGCAGACAACUCAAGAGAAAAAAGAGAAAAGGUUUUCAACACGUUCAGGACACUCCAAGAAGCUCUAGUUGAUUUACAUCCAGAUCGGGCCCGGUUUAGGGACGACUCAGGGGUCAAGCAGGCUGUGGAUGAUCUAUACAAAUCAAUUGUCAAAGGAAUAGAAGACAUGGUCCUGGUGUUGUCAAGCACCAGGUCGAGGUCUCUCUUCACUACGUUUGCGGCUAAGCUGAAGCGCGAAAAUGAGACGGACGAAUCUCGUCCGACACUGGACGAGGUCCUUCAGAGUGCCGAAAAGCACAUACAGGAGUACAAGGAAGCAGUCAGCCUAGCCCGGGAUCACACCACCGAGCGAACAGAAGUGUACAGCCGUAUGACGGCGGCGAGGUCCAUUCUUAUCCAUCAAGACAUGGCCCAUCUACGAGAAGACGCUUCCCAUCUCAAGAGAAUGGCAGCGAAGGAUGCGGCUGCUAGAAAGGAACAACGUCGCCGGGACGAGAAGCACCAAGUAGACGUGCUCAAAGCCUUGCGUGAAGGGGGCAAGCAAUUGAAUGUCAUUGCCGAGGAGCAGAUCAAGAUCCAAGAGAGACAGAGCGAGAACCAAGCGCUAUUAAGGACCAUGCUGCUACAAUCUAUACUGGAGUCGAAAGCGCUCCAGGCCGAGGUAGCCGGUCUGCGACGUAAAGUUUCCAACAGCUCAAGACACACCGCUGUCGUGAGCCUUUCGCGCCUUUGCCAGAUCCUGGCCCAGCCCGGGCCGCUGUCCGCCUGCGCCUCUUACUUGGACGAUCUUCCGGAUCUCGAACGCAUGUUCCAGCACCCCAGCACCGAUCUGCUCCAUGCCACUGCCGAACAAAGCAGAUGUGCUCUUGAGACUCAAGGCCAAGUUCAGAGUCUACUCACCCAGCCACAGUUCCGAGAUUGGCUGUCCCAAUCCCGCCCAUCCCUUGUGCUGGUUGACGCAAAUCUUGAGGAGUCGUCACUCGACCGGCUCUCGGCCAUAUCAGUCUUCAGCAGCACCUUGGUGACCAGCCUAAUGCAGGCGUACCCAGAAACCGCCGUCGUCACCCACUUUUUCUGUGGCUUGCACUCAUCGCUCAACGACACCUGGUACGGGCCCUCGGGCCUCGUGCGCUCCCUCAUCGUGCAGCUGCUCACGAAGCUGGACGCAAGCGAUCCCGACAUGGAAACCUGGAACCUCGAUUUCAUUAAUGACCGCGAAUUCCUGCAGAACUUGGAGGAGCACUCCCUUACCGAUCUGGGUCUCGUGCUGCACAAGCUGCUGUACCAGUUCCCGCUCGACACGCACGUCUACUGCAUCGUGGAUUCGAUCUCAUGCUUUGACGUCCGCCGGGUGCACAGGGAUCUCGACACGGUCUUGGAAAGGUUUCGCAUCAUGGUCAAUGACACGAAGCUGAGAGCUGUUUUCAAAGUCCUGCUCACCAAUCCGGGGCGGAGCACGCGGGCCAUCACGAGCAUGAACUUCUUGCAGGAAGAUCCCACUCGGCUGGUAACGCUGAGCAGGUAUAAUCUAGUGCCGGGAGAGAUCUCUGAGCGGGCGGUAGGCGACUACUUGCCUGCUGCGGGACGGAGGACGCCGUCUCGUAGUCCGUUUGGAUAUUCCAGGCGGCCGUCGCCUGCUGUGUCAGUGAGGAACAGGAGUCCUGAGCCUGUCUUGGCUGGACCCGGGGUUGCUCCGGAUGACGGCGGAUAUGGCGACGGCGUUGAUGAUUGGAAUGCGAUGUAUUGAUGCUGCUUGGAAUUAACUGAGUUCGUUUUUCGUAAGCCAGUCAGACCCGUUGGCCGCGAGCCAUGAGCCCUGAGUCUCCAAAGAGAUCAUUGGAUUAUUGGACUUGUCGUAAAGAAAGAUUUCAAGUCCAAAAGCCCUCAACUAGGACGGUGGAUGAUGUGUUGGACAAUGGACAUGAUACUAUUGAGAAACUAUCCCGAUAGAUCGAUUGAUUCGGACAUCUGUUUGAUGCUCGUUCAGCUUAAAAUUUUGUGUUUGUUAGUUGAAGGGAAGAAUUUACUGAAGGCAAAGGUAUCAAGUGGGCUUGACGACUGGAAGUUUGAAGAAAUAUGAGCGCGCGGCGCGCCCCUAUUCCCUU